AUGGAUCCAUUCAACGAAGUAAAUGAAGAUGCAUGGAACACAAUCUCAAUCCUAGAAAACCUCAUCUCCCAACAAUCACAACACCACCAACCCUCUCCAGAACUCACCCAAGAUUUCAACAACAAUUAUCAAGAACUCCAAGAAAUCUACCAAGACCUCCAACAAGCCGUCUCCAUCUCCCAAUCCCACCCGUCUCAAUUCAACCUCACACCACAAGACAUAAAAACUCGUCAAGACAUCCUCCAAUCCCUCUCCCACAAAAUCACCGAUCUUAAACGCCAAUGGACCACCACCACCCCUCGUCCCAUCACCACCAUGUCAAAUCGAAUAAGUCAGGACAACGACGAUGCCACUCUCUUUGAAAACCCAUUCACAGAACCUUCUUCCGGCAUGACACAAUAUCAACAACAAGAACUCAUCCAACAACAAGACGUCCAAUUGGAUAAUAUCCAUGUCACAAUGAAGAAUCUAAAUCAACAAGCACAAUUAAUGGGCAAUGAAUUAGAAGAUCAAGGAUAUAUGUUAGAAGAAUUGGAUUAUGAAUUAGAGAAUGUGGAUAAUAAAUUACAACGAGGUUUAAAGAGGGUGAAUAUCUUUUUGGAAAAGAAUAAGGAAACGGCUAGUAAUUGGUGUAUUGGGAUUUUGGUGGUGGUUUUAUGUGUGUUGUUGGUGGUGUUGAUUGCCAUAUAG